UUUUUAGGAUGUCCGGCGCCCUGUUUCGCUCAGCAGCGCAGGCGUUGCCGUAUCAUUAACACAAAUUUUCAUUAAUUUUUAUGUUAAUCAAACAAACUUCACAGUAUUUAUUUAAUUUCGUUUAUUUGUCAUCAUGUUUUUUAAGAAGGCAUAGUAGUUUUUAAAACAAAUUUGGAUUUUUAAGUGAUAAUAAAGUGAUUAUAGGGACUUUUUUAAAUUGAAAUAAUUUGUGUGAAUGAUCAUAAACUGACACAGAGAAGAAAAUAAUAAUAAGUGUACAUUAAACAAAAGAAGCAACGAUGGAGGACGCCCACUGUAAAACUGUGGACGAGGUGUUGAAUUACUUCAAUGUUGAUUCUGAAAAAGGUUUAUCCACAGACCAAGUCAAAAGGAAUCAGGAAAAAUAUGGUCUCAAUGAAUUACCAGCUGAGGAGGGAAAAUCCAUUUGGCAACUGGUAUUGGAACAAUUCGAUGAUCUAUUAGUUAAAAUUCUUCUUCUAGCAGCCAUUAUUUCUUUUGUCUUAGCUUUAUUUGAAGAACAUGAAGACUCAUUUACGGCAUUCGUGGAACCUUUUGUCAUCUUACUCAUUCUUAUUGCUAACGCCGUGGUCGGAGUUUGGCAAGAACGUAAUGCUGAGUCUGCUAUUGAAGCACUUAAAGAAUAUGAACCUGAAAUGGGUAAAGUUGUACGAGCCGAUAAAUCUGGAGUCCAGAGGAUUCGUGCUAAAGAAAUUGUUCCCGGUGACAUUGUUGAAGUGUCAGUUGGUGACAAAAUCCCUGCUGAUAUUCGUCUAACCAAGAUUUACUCAACAACGCUUAGAAUCGAUCAGUCAAUCCUCACUGGUGAAUCAGUUUCUGUUAUCAAGCACACUGAUGCCAUUCCUGACCCAAGAGCUGUCAACCAAGAUAAGAAAAAUAUUCUCUUCUCUGGUACCAACGUCGCUGCUGGAAAAGCUAGAGGAGUUGUCAUCGGCACUGGUCUUAACACUGCUAUCGGUAAAAUCCGUACUGAAAUGUCUGAGACUGAAGAAAUCAAGACUCCAUUACAGCAAAAACUUGAUGAAUUUGGUGAACAAUUAUCCAAAGUCAUCUCCGUUAUUUGUGUUGCUGUCUGGGCUAUCAACAUUGGUCACUUUAAUGAUCCUGCUCACGGUGGAUCUUGGAUUAAAGGUGCAAUUUACUACUUCAAAAUUGCUGUAGCUUUGGCUGUAGCUGCUAUUCCUGAAGGUUUACCAGCUGUCAUUACAACUUGUUUGGCUCUUGGUACUAGACGUAUGGCUAAAAAGAAUGCCAUUGUCCGAUCUCUACCAUCAGUAGAAACUUUGGGUUGUACUUCUGUCAUCUGUUCCGAUAAAACUGGUACUUUGACCACUAACCAAAUGUCCGUAAGCAGAAUGUUCAUUUUCGAGAAAAUUGAAGGCAAUGAUAGUAGCUUUCAUGAGUUCGAGAUCACUGGAUCAACUUAUGAACCCAUUGGAGAUGUUUUCUUGAAAGGUCAAAAAGUUAAGGGACAAGACUUUGAAACUCUUCAUGAAAUUGGAACUAUUUGUAUUAUGUGUAACGAUUCAGCUAUUGAUUUCAAUGAGUUCAAACAAGCUUUUGAAAAAGUUGGUGAAGCUACUGAGACUGCUUUAAUCGUUUUAGCCGAGAAGCUUAAUCCUUUUGCAGUUUCCAAGACCGGAUUGGAUCGUCGUACUGCUGCCAUUGUUGUCAGACAAGAUAUUGAAACUAAAUGGAAAAAAGAAUUUACUCUUGAGUUCUCUCGAGAUCGUAAAUCAAUGUCAUCCUACUGUGUUCCUCUUAAACCAAGUAAACUGGGAACAGGACCAAAACUCUUUGUCAAAGGUGCUCCCGAAGGAGUUCUUGAUAGAUGUACACAUGCUCGUGUUGGAACAACCAAAGUUCCUUUGACAUCUACCUUGAAAAACCGUAUUCUUGAUUUAACUAGACAAUACGGUACAGGACGAGAUACUCUUCGUUGCUUAGCUCUUGCUACAGCAGAUCAUCCAAUGAAACCCGAUGAAAUGGAUCUUGGAGACUCUACUAAAUUCUACACUUAUGAAAAAGACCUUACAUUUGUUGGAGUCGUUGGUAUGCUUGAUCCACCAAGAAAAGAAGUAUUUGACUCUAUUCAAAGGUGUCGCGCUGCUGGAAUUCGUGUCAUUGUCAUCACUGGUGACAAUAAAGCUACUGCUGAAGCUAUCUGCAGACGUAUUGGAGUCUUUGGGGAAGAUGAAGAUACAACUGGAAAAUCCUAUUCAGGACGAGAAUUCGACGAUUUGCCUCUUUCACAACAAAGAGAAGCUUGCGCGAGAGCUCGAUUGUUCUCUCGAGUAGAGCCUGCUCACAAAUCCAAGAUUGUAGAAUACUUGCAAAGCAUGAAUGAAAUUUCUGCUAUGACUGGUGAUGGUGUAAAUGAUGCUCCUGCUUUGAAAAAAGCUGAAAUCGGUAUUGCCAUGGGUUCUGGUACAGCUGUAGCUAAAUCAGCUUCAGAGAUGGUGUUGGCUGAUGAUAACUUCUCUUCUAUUGUCGCUGCUGUUGAGGAAGGUCGUGCCAUAUACAACAACAUGAAACAGUUCAUUCGUUAUCUAAUCUCUUCGAACAUUGGUGAAGUCGUCAGUAUUUUCUUGACUGCUGCCCUUGGUCUUCCUGAGGCUCUCAUUCCUGUCCAACUAUUGUGGGUAAAUCUCGUCACUGACGGUCUUCCAGCUACUGCUCUUGGUUUUAAUCCACCAGAUCUUGACAUUAUGAGCAAGCCUCCCCGUAAAGCCGAUGAAUCUUUGAUUUCUGGCUGGUUAUUCUUCCGUUAUCUCGCUAUUGGUGGAUAUGUAGGUGCUGCCACUGUAGGAUCUGCUGCCUGGUGGUUCCUUUACAGUCCUAAUGGACCUCAACUUAAUUAUUAUCAAUUGACUCAUCAUUUAGCUUGCCUUGGUGGUGGAGAUGAAUUCAAAGGAGUCAACUGCAAGAUUUUCACUGAUCCUCAUCCUAUGACUAUGGCGUUGUCUGUACUUGUCACAAUUGAAAUGUUAAAUGCAAUGAACAGUUUAUCAGAGAAUCAAUCACUUAUAUCGAUGCCCCCAUGGUCCAAUAUGUGGCUUAUUGCUUCAAUGGCUCUUUCAUUUACACUUCACUUUGUUAUUCUUCAUAUUGAAGUACUUUCGUCUGUAUUCCAAGUUACCCCGUUGACUGGAGAAGAGUGGCUUACUGUUAUGAAGUUCUCCAUUCCAGUGGUACUUUUAGAUGAGACCCUGAAGUUCAUUGCCAGAAAAAUAACAGACGUGGCCCCUCCAGUGACGCCGACGAAGUAAAGUGGAGGUGAUGAUAGCACGAGAGGAUUUGCGAGAGAGCGAGAGAGAUAAACGAUACACAAAAUCAGUAACGAGAGAAUAAGAGAGCGAGAGAAAAAAAAUAAAUUGUCCACGAUAUAUACAACUGGAAGGCGAGCCGGUGGAAAUCACGAAAUGUAAAAAUAAACGAAGCGAAACACCGGGGAGAGAGUGAGAGAAUGAAGAAGAAAUGAAAGAGAGGGAGAGAAAGUGCGAGAAUGUUGACAAAAAAUAAAGUUAAAAAAAAAAAUAAAUACAAUAAAAUACGUGAAAAAAGCAAAAGGAAUGUUUGUGAGCGAUUACCUUGUUCUGGAUGUCCCUCAGGAGCAGCACGUGAAAAGGAAGUGCGAGAUUGAGUGAAAAGUGUGGGUGUGGAUUGAAAAGUAGAUAACAUGUCGUUUCUCGUUAAUCUGAAGACUCGAAGAAUGCGGUGCGAUUGGCCAGGGACUCUAGGAAGUGCCAAUUGUGUAGUAAAUUAUGAGGGUAGUCGGUUUCAAAGUGAAAAACUCAAAUGAAAGACAUCGAAUUAUUGAGAUUAGAUAAAUUUAUUAAGCAACAGAGAAUAAAAAAAAAACCAAACAAACAAUGGAGAAAAAUUGAUGAAGACAAUCGAUAAUCGCGCGACACAGUAAUGAAGGAACUGCCUAAACUAAUGAAAUUGUCCCUCUUGUUAUUUUGUUACAGCUUUCUUGGUGGUUAAUGACAACUGGGCCUAAAGUCAGCUCAUCAACUUGAGCCCUGUCAAAAGCCGCCACAAACCAAUUCUGCUUAAGCUAUUAAAACAAAAAGCAACAAGCCAACCACUGCAAAUGACAGCAAGCUUGUGUGUGACUGAUCCUCUGGCCAGCGCAAUAACUUGAGCACUUUAAUAGAUCAAGCACUUGGAGGCUCUGCUACUCUCUACUGCUUCUCUACCACAUACCCACUUCUCUUACUCAAACAUUUUGACAUCUACUUCCUGUCCUGUGGUUCAACUUCAAUCUUUGAGUGUGUGCUUAUGAUCAAUGAGGCUAUUUCUUCUCAAAAGAGAAUCAGUCCUCAAUUUCUAGUUCAAACUCCUCUUCGAUCAUCUAUUGAUUACAUUCAAGUGAUCUUGAAGGAGUUUAUUUCUUGCUAAAUAACACAUUAUAACCAUUGACAAUUCUGUCUACUAUCCACAUUUUAAGACAAACAUGGAUCUUUAGACAUUAUUCCAAUGCUUUGCUUCGCUAACUUUUCACAGUGACAUGAAUUGGUGUAUUAUCGAUACUCAUUUACUUCAGACCAUAUCAUCAAUUGGCAUAUGCAAUGGACAUUUUUGAUUAUUGAUACAGUCAAACUCUUCUAAUUUUUAUGUCUUGGGGCAACUUUUUCUAAGAGUCAAAUUAUGACAUCCUCUGCUAACAUAUGGACUAAACUAGAGUAUAUUAACAUUUAAUAUACAAGAAGUCAAAAUUAUGAAAUUAAAAAUUAGCAGAGUUUGACUAUAUACAAAACAUCAGAUAUUAUAAAAAUUGGUUUCAAGACUAUAUUUAAUAAUAUAUUGUUGAUAAAAAUGUUCCAUUCAUGUCGAUUAACUCUCUACUCUAUUUUCAAAUCCUAUUUAUCUUUUUUAUCUUUUGAUCUUUAAUAGACUGCAUACGUUUGCAUGCUUACGUAUCAGUAAAUCUUUCUACUAAAAUAAUUUUCUUCUUCUUCUCCAUUCUUGAAGUUUUUUAUUUAACUCCUAAAUGAUCUUCUAUUCGAUUGUCCUAGGUCUUCGUCUUAACUCUUAACUUUAUUUACUCAUUUUUCUUCAUUUCUUAAUUCUCCAUUCUUUCUCGUUUAUCUUUGUAAAUGUCUACUCUACUCUUGCCAGACGCGUUUUUAAUUCGUGAGACUGCUUUCUCUCUCUUUUAAAAAAUUUUUUUUCUUUCGUAUGUAUAAGCAGUUCCGUCGUCAAUUGAGUACAAUUGUGUACGCGCGAGUUUAUAUCUUGCGAUAUAAAAGUGAUUUUAAUGAUAUAAUUAAAAUAAAUAUUAAAAAAGUUUUAAAAUAAAUGAAAAAAAAAAAAAAAACAGUCAAAUAAAAAUAUAAAAAUUUUUGAAAUUAAUUAAUUGAGUAAAUCAUUUUCAAUUAUAAUAAUCGUAAUGCCUAGAAACGGGUUUUCAGUUAUAUAGAAACGUGGGAGGUUAAUAGAUACUUAAAUAAAUUAUUAAUAUUACUGUAAGUAAAUUUUAAGAAAAAAAAAUAAAUAAAAUUUAAUUAAAUUUAAAUACACAAAGUUUAUAAAUUCUACUAUUGUAAAUAUACUAUAUAAGAUCAAUAAAGUGGGUUGAUCAAUGGGAUGUAAAGAUAUAAAGGUUAAGAAAAAUAUAUUUUAAAGAUUU